CGUAACCUCUGCAGCAUCUCCGUCACUUUGUACUCUGCUGUAGCCUACCUCCUGCUUCUUCCAGCAUUUAUCAGUAUACUGUGUUGAUAAUAUAGACUUCUGAGCUACACUAUUAGCGCUGCUAUGGCUGAUGCUGCAAUUUCUUUCGCUAAAGACUUUUUGGCUGGUGGAGUCGCUGCGGCUAUUUCCAAAACUGCCGUCGCACCGAUAGAGAGAGUGAAACUGCUGCUGCAGGUACAACAUGCCAGCAAGCAGAUCAGUGCAGACAAGCAGUACAAAGGUAUUAUCGACUGUAUUGUGAGGAUUCCCAAGGAGCAAGGCUUUAUCUCCUUUUGGCGUGGCAACCUAGCCAACGUCAUUCGCUACUUCCCCACUCAAGCUCUCAAUUUUGCCUUCAAAGAUAAGUACAAACAGAUUUUCUUGGGUAACGUAGAUAAGCACACACAGUUCUGGCGAUACUUUGCUGGUAACUUGGCCUCUGGUGGUGCUGCUGGAGCCACUUCCCUUUGCUUCGUCUACCCUCUCGAUUUCGCUCGAACCCGACUAGCUGCAGAUGUCGGGAAAGCUAGCAGCACUAGGGAGUUUAGCGGGCUGGUCGACUGCCUGGGCAAAAUAUUUAGGUCAGACGGGCUACGAGGCCUGUACCAGGGCUUCAACGUUUCUGUCCAGGGCAUCAUUAUCUACAGGGCAUCCUACUUCGGAGUCUAUGACACUGCCAAAGGCAUGCUUCCAGACCCUAAGAACACCCACAUUGUGGUCAGCUGGAUGAUUGCACAAACUGUGACAGCAGUGGCUGGCGUGGUGUCCUAUCCCUUUGACACUGUGCGGCGUCGCAUGAUGAUGCAGUCUGGGCGCAAAGGAGCUGAUAUUAUGUACUCGGGAACCAUUGACUGCUGGAGGAAGAUUGCUCGUGAUGAGGGUGGCAAAGCAUUCUUCAAAGGGGCUCUGUCUAAUGUAUUUAGAGGAAUGGGGGGCGCUUUUGUGCUUGUGCUCUAUGAUGAAUUCAAGAAGUUUGUUUAAACAAUAUAAACUAAGAAAACGUAGAAUAGCUCUUACCACAACAUUUUGUCAAGCUUUAACCAAACCCUAUCCACUCAGCACAAAUGUGAUCUUUGGUUAAAUAGUGUUAGAUGACAGAAAGACAUUAAUAUUUUUCUGUAUGUGAAUUCUGUUGCUAUAUUUUUAUGUUAAAGAGACUGCUCUAGCCUCCUAUGAAAAAUAGUCAAUAUUUUAUCAAAAGGAAGUAUCUGUAUAUGCAGUUUAAAUGUGAAGACAGACUUUGUCCCCAUAUGGUGUCAUGCAGUGGCUAAAGAGCAACAAUAUGGAGAAACAUUACAUUCAAAAUUUUAAAAAUAUAAAUAUGUAUUCAUAAGAAACGAGUGCUAAAUAGUUAAAUAUUGAAUGCUUAAAAUAAUUAAAAUGCAUUCAUUUGUUGAUUUUCUUCAUGAUGUUCCUCUGUAAAUCUGAGACGUCACUUGCAGAUUUGGGUCCAUAUCAUGCAAUAACAUAAUACCUCCACAAGAGGUCAUGACAACAUUACUAUUAGUCCUGCUUUCAAACCGUUAUCCUAUCAACCUAUGGACUCUAUUUCUAAGUUGUCUUAUCCAAGGCUUGUGGUAACAAGGAUAAACAGGAUAACUCAAAAUAAAAUGUGGAUUUCAAAAGCCGCAGAAUAAUGUUCCGCACUUGAAACAUUUACUCUGGUCACAUGUUGGACUGAAAGUUGGUGUCAUAUUGGAUCGUAGAGGUAUUAAAUGAGACGCUUUAAUUCACAACAGAUUUGCCUUCUAUCCAUCUCUGUUAACACAGAGACCAACACAGUAAAGUGCUCCAGCAAAGAAUGUUUGGGGCAAGAGACGUGGCAUUCUCCGACCUUAUGUGACAUGAAAAGUGUAUUUCCACGAUUUCUCUUUUUUUGGAAUUCCGUUUAAGUAUUUUCCAUCUUGUAUAAUGAGGGGAGUCAUAUUUUCUUGGUCAUUUUCUUGUCAGGCUCAGUGUUUGGUUGCGUCAGACUGAUCUUGAUUAAGUGGAUUCCGUUUUCAGAAGUAGAGAUGCCAGGGCAAGUAAGGCAGGGCAUUUUGAGUUCAGUAAUGCAUGCACUGAAACUUUAUAUUCACUUUUAACAUGUAAAACAAUGGUAAUCUUAUGCCACACUAUAUGGAGAGAAGGGCUGUACUUUCAGACUACUUUCAGUUUAAUGUUUGAACACCAAGAAUGCUUGUAAAUUCAAUAAAAGUUGGAAAACCCAAA